AUAUUGUACGGAAAUGCUCGAGUAUGUCGUAUGCGAAAUAAUGCAACUUCGCAAUAUAAUAUGGAUGCGUCUGGAUCACAACAACUGUUCGAUGACUGGGACGAUAUUAGCGACUCGGAAUUUCUCAACAUCCCUUCCGAGGAACAAAGCAUCGAGCCCCAGUGUCAUCUCAAUAGUGAAUCUGAUGGUAAACACUCAGUGAACUUUGAUAGCCCCUGUGCGUCCACCUCAUCAGUGCACAACAGGAAUGAAGAGGCUUUGGGACAAGAAACCGUAAAUACACUAAAUGUGAGGGGUUUAAAGAGAAAGAGCCUUCAUGAAAACAGCUUCAGCCCAAUGCAACGCUUCUUCAAACGGCAUCUGAGUGUGACCCUCCUGUGCGACCAGUCUUGGUGUGAGAUGAAGACUGUUUACAGUCUUUUAAAGCCAUUUAUCAAGAGAAAGGAUAUGCAACGUGCUGAGGUGCAGAUCGGAAAGGAAAUUCAUUUGUCAAGAGAACGGGAGAUUCAGGAUACUGUCCCUGUAGAUAUCUGGACUAGAGAAGAUGCAGAAGCAGUCAAACUUCUCAACAUGUUGCACAUGAUAUCACUGUUGGAGGCAGGAGAACGUGUGCGAGAGUUUCCUGUGUUUGGUGUGCUGGAAGGUGUUUUUGUCAAGGGGGUCAUUGAUGAACUCAUGUAUAACCAGAAGGGGGAGCUGGUCCUAAAUGAGCUCAAGACACGCAAACAGAACUCCUUGCCUAGUUUUGCACAAGAUAAAGUCAACUGCUUACAGGUUGGCCUGUAUAAAUUACUAUUUGAUGGACUGGUGAGAGGAGAAGUGAAGAAAGACCAUGUUUUAAAUCACCUUAAACUGCAUUCAGGUCAAGUACUUGGAGCAGGAGUCCAGGCCCAUGCUAAAAGCAUUGGGGUCCUGGUAACUACCUUUGAGGAGCUGGUUGAUGCUCUGCUAAUAACUGUGUCUUGUUCUGAUCUUCCAUGCACUGACCUGCUUCAGAUUGAAUACUAUCACCAAGGCUCUAGUGGACCCAUUGGGACCAGAGUCGCUCCUUUUGAUGAAGCCCAACUACGGGCAGAGCUUCAGGGUCAUCUGGCCUACUGGAGAGGUCAGAGGGAACCCAAAGGGGUGGACAUAGAAGAGGCCUGGAAAUGUAAAUCAUGCCUUUAUGUACAAACUUGUGAUUGGGCAAAGAAUAGAUUGCAUGUAUCUGACCAACAAGCAGAUCAUGCUAGCUCAUGAUUCAGCAUUUUACAGAUAAUGCAAACAUUUGUAUGUGGCGACUAUUUUUUGACAUAUUAACUUUUAUACUUUUAUUAUUGUCUUAUGAGUACUAAAUACACAUAUAUUAUGUGAAUGUUAUUGUUCAGCCCUAUAAUGACUGUGAGUGAAGCGUUGUGAAUUCAUAAUGCAUUUUGUUGAUAUGGCUUUUUAAUGGAACCAAGCUGAAAGCUUCCUCACUUUGUGUGCAUUAAGAAGUUUAUGUCAUUUAGCUAGUGGAAUGGAUAUGUGUUUUUCAGUCGAUGAUAACUUCAGUCAAGUGUGGCUAAUAUAAUGCUGAUAAAUACAUAACAUAUUUGAAGUGAGCAAAUUACAUACAGAAAUUCUUAAAUUCAAAUACAUUUUAAUUAUCUUUAUAAUAAUAAUAAUAAUAUUAAUAGUAAUAAAACUGAUGAAAUAGAAUCCCAUAUAUAUAUAUAUAUAUAUAUAAUAUAGUUUGUUUCCCGUUUGUAUCUCGUUUAAUUCUUAAAGAAGAGAUGUGCAUCGUUAACUAUAGCCAUUAUGUAAAAAUAGUGUAAAAAAAAAAGAUCAAUAGGUUAAGUUAAAAUAUUAAUCCUUAGCUAAAUUAUGAAGUAUUUUUGUUCAGUUGUUUAUUUAUUAUGUGUGUCACUAACAAAAUAUUUUAACUGAAUGAUGAAAUGUGUGCCAUUAGGUGGUGCUAUUUUUCCAUUUACCAUUUAAUGAAUCGCUGAAUGUUUAGGAUUUAUGUUGAGCCAUAUCUGUAACACAAUAAUAUGAUAAACAGUUUGAUAACUAUGACAUUAUCAGUCUGUAUUUGACAGUUGCUAAUAUUAAAUCAGUGAUGUGGUGUGCCAAA